AUGAUUACCGCGGAGACCACAGGGAAUCUGGAAAUUAUAAAGGUUCUUCAGCGGCUGCUGGAGAACAGGCUUUAUGUCAAGGCCAAGAAGUGUGAAUUCACUCCAGUUCCCUGCUGCCUCAAUCUGUAUGGCUCAGCCGGCUUCUUCCCCAGGUUUCUGAUGGACCUUCUGUCUGACACUCAUUUAAUCUCACGUCCAUUAUGUUUCAUUCAGAUAUAUGUUGUUUUCACCUAUUUAUCAUGUGAGCUGACUCUCCUCAGCAUCAUGGCCUAUGAUAGAUUUCUUGCUAUUUGCCAGCCUUUACACUAUCACAGUAAAAUGACAUUUAAGAUGGUAACACAUCUUGUGAUGUUUGCCGUGCUCUAUCCUGUGUUUGGUGUGGGUUUCAUGCUCUAUCUUACUGUCCGUUUACCGCUGUGUGGCAAUAAACUGAAUAGUCAGUUCUGUUCAAACUGGCCUGUGGUUCAGCUCUGCUGAGUGGACACAACUCUGAACAACAUAGCAGGUCAGUUUGUUUUGGUCACAACCGUCUUCACCCCUCUCUUCUUUGUCCUGUACACCUAUCUCCGUAUUCUGCUUGUUUGCAGGAGAAGCUCGUCUGAAUUCAGAGGAAAGGCGUUCCAGACCUGCCUGCCUCACAUCAUCACAUUCAUCACCUAUUCUCUCUCCGUCUUCUGUGAGCUGUCAUUGACUCGAUUUGAGGCUGAUAAAAUGAAUCCUAUCAUCACAGUUGUUUUAUCUUUAGAUUAUUUGAUGAUCCCCCCCAUUAAUAACCCUCUAGUUUACGGCCUGAGUCUGCCUCAAAUCAAAGGAGUGAUUGUUUUAUAUUUGAAGAAGAAUCCUUCUGUGAAAGUUUAA